GAAAAACUUUCCAAAGCCUUAGAAGUUGGGAUCAAAGACUGCCCAUCUAACCGUCAUCCUCAUCUCCCCCUUUCCCGCGCCAUUGCGGAUUAGGACGCGUUGUCGAGGCGUGUGCGGGGUAUGACAUGGAAGCUCGGCGUCCUCAUGUGUCCAUCUGAUCACAAAGAGUCACAAAGCAACUGCACCGAUGUCAGGAUGCAGGGAAAGGAAAGCCCUUCAGAGAGACUACCGCCUGCGAACGGCACCACGGCCCUUAUGCCCAGCUCUUCCCCCGAAACCCCCACAGAAGAAAAGCGGGCACCUGUGGGGACGCAAGACAUUCCCGCACAUGUACCCGUCAUCAGCCUGGGGCACAGCAGGGUGACCCUGCGCCCUGAACUCACUGCCUUGCACCCAGUACCCUCCCUGAUGCUUGCACUGCCUGGAAUGCGAGCGCCUUUAUUCCCUCCGCAGUACCACCCUCAUCCCUUCCUGCCAAGUCCAUAUUUACACGCAACCGGGUUGAUCCCUAUCUUUUCUGGACGCUUCAAGAGACGAAGCCCCCAAAAUAUCAUGGAGCCACCUUUCAUAGUGCGGCAGCCUCAAAAAGUUGCCCGCCGCGUCUUCACAAACAGUCGGGAACGAUGGAGACAGCAGAACGUGAACGGAGCCUUUGCUGAACUACGCAAACUGAUCCCCACGCACCCCCCGGACAAGAAGCUGAGCAAGAACGAAAUCUUGCGUCUAGCCAUGAGAUACAUCACCUUCCUGGUUACUCUGCUCGGUGACCAGCACAGCCCUCCUCCCAAACAAUCCCCUGCAAUAAAGAGACUGUCACCCCCUGUACGGGAUCUUCCUCCGAAGGGGAGGGAGAGCCCCACAUUCAGGAUUCAUGGCGUGAAGGAUGAACAGAAAUGCCUGGCUUAUGGGGAAACGGCAUCUCCAAUGUCUGGAAGCUGCGGGGACAGCGUGGAAAGUGAAGAGGAUGAUGUGGAGAGACGGAGCGUUUCACCUCUCCAUAGCACUCCGAGGACUAUGAUUAUGUCAGAGGCCGAAGGUAGUCGGUGAGGGUUGGGGUGCCAGGGAAAAAGAGCAAAAAAUGGGGGUACCAGUCCCAAUAGGGAUAUGAACCCACAUCUCAUUUCCCUGUAUGAGUUAACCAAACCUCCCUUUUAAGCAAGGGAAUAAGCUGUAAAUAAUGCUCAUU